AUGGAUAACGGAUCUGACCCUGCAUACAUUACUGUUGAAGGCUACAUUGACUUGCAAACUUAUGGCCCUCUGUAUUUUGUGAUCAUGUUGGUAGUUUAUAUUUCAGUCAUUUGCAGUAACUCUCUGAUCAUGUACGUCAUCUGGAAAGAACCAAACCUCCACGAGCCUAUGUACUUCUUUAUCUCCGCGCUGUCUUUCAAUUCUCUCCUCUUCAGUUCAACCGUCUACCCCAAACUUUUGAUCGACCUUUUAUCGGAGAAGCAGGUCAUUCCGUAUAAAGGGUGUCUCUUCCAGUGGUUUUCGUAUUACAAUUUAGUUGGGUCUGAGUUCUUACUGUUGGCUUCUAUGGCUUACGAUAGGUUUGUGUCAAUCUGUAAGCCUUUGCAAUAUUUAAUCAUUAUGCGAAACUCCAAAAUGUGUGUUUUUUUAGGUUUUGCUUGGUUUUUUCCUGUAUGUCACACCAUUUUUCCUUAUGCUUUUAAUUACAAUAAGAAGCUAUGUACUUUUCAUUUCAGAGGAAUCAUUUGUAACAGCACUGUGUAUCGCCUCUUCUGUGUCAGUUCGCCCGCACUAUCGAUUUUUGGGAUGAUAAUUUUUACAAAUGUGGUCAUUUUGCCUGUUCUCUUUAUAUUGUAUACAUAUUCAAGGAUAUUUCACAUUGUGAAACGCUCCAAAGAGAUGAGAAAGAAGGCGUUUGAGACCUGCAUGCCCCAUCUGGUCGUGAUGAUCAAUUUUGCCGUGUUCAGCGCUUACGAUGUUCUUUUAGUGCGAAUAGAAAUGGAAUUCCCCAAACCAGUGCGAUUCUUUGUGUCUUUACAAAUGAUUAUCUACCAUCCUCUGUUAAACCCUCUCAUUUAUGGACUCAAAAUGAAGGAGAUCUCCAAAUACAUAAAGAAGUUGCUUUGUCCGUUAAUGGUCAACUAA